AUGAUUUUUUUUAAAUUAAUUUUAACGCAAAUUUUAAUUCACCUAGCGUUUGGUGAUGUAAACUUUACGAUUCUUCAUAUAAACGAUUUACACGCUCAUUUCGACGAGUUGAACGAGGGUGGAAAAGUGUUUGGAGGAGUCUCUAGGAUUUCGCAUUUAGUAAAUGAAUUUAGAAAGGAUGCUGAUUUAAAAAAAUCGCCGCCCGUUUUUUUCUUAAUUGCGGGCGAUGUAUUCUUUGGGACUGUUUGGUUUUCGCUACGUCGAUGGAAAAUUGUAUCGGAUUAUGUGAAUCUUUUAGAACCGGAUGCAAUGUGUUUGGGCAAUCACGAAUUCGACGAUUCGCUCAAAAACUUAACGAAAUUCAUAAAAUCUUCAAAUUACCCAUGCCUAUCUUGCAACACCGACUUCGUAACCGAACCAGAAUUAAAUAACCUCGUAAAACCUUCGAUUACAUUCAAAAUAGGAUCGUUCAAAAUAGGAAUAAUCGGCGUUCUAACAACCGAUACGUUACAAGCCGCAAAUUGCGAAGGAACCGUAAUAAACGACGAAAUCGAAUCGAUCAAAACUGAAGCUCAACAAUUAAAAGAAUCGGGCGUUAAUGUAAUCGUCGUUUUAAGCCACGUGGGAUAUGAAGAUGAUUUAAAAAUAGCCGAAGAAAUUGAGGAUGUUGAUAUCGUCGUGGGUGGGCAUACAGAUACGUUUUUAUGGACCGGAAAACAACCGGAUUUGGAAUCGCCCGUUGAUGAUUACCCAAAAGAGGUUAUUCAAAAAUCGGGAAAAACGGUUCUUGUAGUUCAAGCUUACGCUUACGGAAAAUAUUUAGGGGUGCUUAAUUUAACAUUUAGCGAUAAUGGGAAUUUACUAAAUUAUUCCGGAAACCCGAUUUUAUUAUCAGAAAAUUUUCCGAAAAAUUUAAACAUUGAAAAACUCGUUAAAACUCACCGAAAAGAAAUCGAAAAAGAAACAAAAACGGUUAUUGGCGAAUCAAAAACUCAUUUAAGCCGACAUUCAUGUCGUUACACCGAAUGUUACCUAGGUAAUUUAUUAACAAAUUCUUUUAUCGACUACAUAAACGACGAAGAACCAAAUUUGCCGUAUUGGGCGAAUUGCUCGAUCGCUUUCGCUAAUUCGGGAUCGAUCCGAAAAAGCAUUGACAUCGGAAACGUUACAGUCGAUGACGUUUUUCAAGCUUUCCCUUAUUUCGGACCGUUAGUUACCGUAGAAAUAACCGGAGAAACUCUUUUAAAAGUUUUAGAAGUAAGCGUGAGCGAAAACGCGGACGAAAAUUAUUUUAACGGCAGAUUUUUACAACUUUCCGGUUUGACCGUCACGUAUGAUAGAAGUAAAAACGUGGGAAAUCGAAUUUUACGCGUUCAGGUUCGGUGUCAAAAAUGCGAAGCGCCCCAAUACGAACCGAUUAGAUUGAACGAAAAUUAUAGGAUUAUUACCACUUCGUUUUUAAGCACCGGAGGUGAUGGGCAACAAGAUUUAAAUAAGAAUAAGAAAAAUCUUCAAAGAUACGAUAUCGCCGAUACGACUUCAGUUGUAAGGUAUUUUAGAAAAUAUAAAAUUAUUGAUUUGGAGGUGGAGGAACAAAUCGAGAUGAAAAAGUAUGAGUCGUGUGGUUUGAGAAUUAUUUUGGAUGAAAAACUUUUUUUUGUAUGUUUAUUUUUCAUUAUUAAAGAUUAAACUAGUA